ACAAUCCGCGAAUUUCUUUACCCAUAAAUUGGAACUCAGUGUUGUCGGCUUCAAGUUUUCUCUUAUUUUCCGUCUCUUCAUUUCCCAGACACUUUUCUCUGCUUUCUCUCUAUAUUUUCCAUUUUUUUUUUGUUUGUUUAUAUGGCAUCUCAAGCCAGCCUCCUCCUUCAAAAGCAGCUCAAAGAUCUUUGUAAGAAUCCGGUUGAUGGGUUCUCAGCCGGAUUGGUUGAUGACAGCAAUGUUUUCGAAUGGAGUGUUACAAUCGUCGGACCACCUGAUACUUUUUAUGAAGGGGGAUUUUUCAAUGCCAUCAUGAGCUUUCCACCUGAUUACCCAAACAGCCCUCCAACAAUGAAAUUUACAACAGACGUUUGGCAUCCUAAUGUUUAUACUGAUGGUACUGUUUGCAUAUCAAUUCUUCAUCCUCCGGGUGAUGAUCCAAACGGCUACGAGCUUGCAAGUGAGCGCUGGAUGCCAAUCCAUACUGUUGAAAGUAUUGUUUUGAGUAUCAUAUCAAUGCUUUCCAGCCCUAACGACGAAUCUCCCGCGAAUGUUGAAGCUGCUAAGGAAUGGAGAGAGAGCAGAGAUGAAUUCAGGAAGAAGGUGAGCCGCUGCGUGAGACGGUCACAGGAAAUGUUAUGAUCUGUUGGUCUACAAUGUGUAUCCCAGGGAUCCAAGACUUGUUGAAUGCCAGCUUCUAUACUAUAUAAUUUUGAUCGGAUUUGGAUGAAUAUAAGAUUAUAAUGAAAUAUGUUCAUUUUUUCGUAUCCUGAAAGAUAAUAUUGUUACUUGUCGAACAUUAAUACUUAAGAAAGAAGAUUGAUUGGAUAUUCA